UCUCUCUCCCCCUCUCUUUGUUUGGAAACCUAACCAAACAGGACCAAAACUGAAACCGGACAAGCAAAAUCUUAGGGAGUUUGUAAAAAGACCGGACGACGAAGACGAUGCUCAUCGGAGACAGCAUCGUAAAUCACAAUAACAGACGAGAAGAUGACGGCGGGGAUAUUUUCCCCCUUCCUGGGUUUCGGUUUCAUCCAACGGACGAGGAGCUCGUAGGGUUUUAUCUUUCGAGAAAGGUGCAGAAGAAAUCGAUCAAGAUGGAUAUCAUCCAGCACGUCGAUAUCUAUAAAUUCGACCCCUGGGAUAUUCCAAGAUGGAGCAAUACGGAGAAGGAGGGUUACUUCUUCUGCAAGAGAGGAAGAAAGUACAGAAACAGCAUAAGGCCAAACCGGGUAACGGGAUCAGGGUUCUGGAAAGCCACGGGCAUCGACAAACCGGUUUACUCGGACUGCAACAAAUCCGCUACCGACCAGAGUAAUUCGGUCGUCAUCGGUCUAAAGAAGACGCUGGUUUACUACCUCGGAAGCGCAGGAAAAGGCACCAAGACCGAGUGGAUGAUGCACGAGUUUCGCCUCCCCAACACCACCUACGAUAACCCUAAUUCCACUUCUCCAUCUCAAGAAGCGGAAGUGUGGACACUGUGCCGGAUAUUCAAGCGACAUGUGUCUUGUAAGAAAUACACUCCGGAUUGGAGAGAAUCAGCAUCCGCCAAACACUUCAGGCCGCAUAAUAAAAAACCACACACAAGCUCCGAUUCUCUCCGUCAAGAAACUUACAUCAACUUUGGCGACAUAGACGAUACGAAUCUUCCAAUUCUUCCUUACACCGACGGCAAGAAGAACAUUCUCGACGAAAACAAGACGUACGAAUAUAGGAACAUGUUUCAUCAUUCUAACCAGCUAAGCUCGAUGCCUCCUCACGACAUGCAGAUUGGGCCGACACCGUUACCCGUAGGGCCAGUUCACGAGUUCUGGAACGUUCUAGAAGACAACGACCAUGUUCUCUCGUACGGGAACUGGGACGAGCUUAGAUCAAUGGUUGAAUUUGCUAUUGGCCCAUCUUCUGUCUAGACAUUUUAAUGCAUUAUCGUUUCUACGUACGUAAGCAUGCUUACGUUCUUGCCUAGGCAUUGCUUGCAUGCAUGCAUGCAUAUAGGGUUUGAUUUGGCGGGUUUCGUUUUGUUUUUUUUUUCCCUUCCUUCGUCUGACGCUUCAUCAUAUGUUUAUUGCAGCAGUUAUGUGUAGAUGAACUGAUGUGCGAUAGAGAUAGAUAAUGAUCAACCACUAUAUAUGUGUGUGUAUAUAUUGUAUGAAAAUGAAAUACUCAUGUUGGUCGAUGUUAAUUUUCUCCUACUCA